CUCGUGUCUGUCAGAUUUGCAUCCGCCCUAGCGUGUGUCAUUCUCACCACCGGCUUGGUCCCCCACCCCCUGGCUCUCAUUUACCCAUUCCUUCCUUCCCUCCCUUCCACCGCCACGUUCUUUCCCACGUUCUGUCCCCCAACCCUUAUCACACAACACCCCCGACCUUACCGAAGCAACAUCCUCAACACACACACACCUUACCUGUAUCGCCUGAUCCGAUCCCCUUCCCUGAUCUCCUCCCUCAUCUUUACGCAACCCGACCAAACCUGCCCUCGGAAUAAAUAUAAAACCCAAACCAACCGCCGUCACCGUCAUCGCCACCAUGCCUAGCUCGAUCGUCUCAGCCGAUUCCUCCAGACCAAUGCUCGUGAGUCCCAGUCCAGCUUACCGUCCGCGAUCUUCUUCUUCUCCAUAUCCUCGUCCUCGUCCUCGUCCGCUCACCAUGAUUUCUUCUUCGCCGUCCCAGACCCAGCGCGACUCGACCGAUUCCAACACCAUCAACGAGAUCGACGAGGGUCUCCGCAGACUCGAUGAUCGCAGAUUAGUCCAGCAGCGCUUUGUGCCCACCGAGCAGAAGACGGAGAUGCUGCAGAAACUGGCUCUGGGCGCAAAGGUGGAGCGCGCUCUGAGGUGGAGGAUGGAGGGACAGGAUUAUGUCCCCAGACUACCGCGCGCGAAGUCGGGUUAGACGGUCGUCACGAUGAGAGAGGGUGGAUCGGCGAGGGAGGGAGGUAGUGGAUGUAUGGGUUGUUUUCUCAUCCGCCCGCCUCCCCUCCCCUCCCACAUACCUAGAUUCUGGAUCAUGAUGCUCAUCACCUACCUACUCCUGCCUCAUAUAGGGGUUAGGGGAUGACAAACUUUCGACAUUCGCUUUUUUUUCCCUCGUUUUAUUGGACUGGGCCGGACUGGACUACGAAAGGCAUUACGCGUGUGAUUUUGCAAGUAAAAAAGUCAGACGGGUUUUGGCGUUGGGAAGGGUUGUUUUUUUUUUUUGUUGUUGUCGUCUAUGCCUGCGCGAUUAUUCUCAUGAUCUUCUCCUUUUUUCGUUCUGAUUACCCUGCUGCCAUUUUUGUUUGAUUUGAUUUACACCUACUUGUAGUUAUGACUCUUCUGCGAGUCUGCGGGAGAGAUGGAAUACUGUUUGAAUAUACUACGUUUGAAUUUUGGGA